GUGAAAUCAGGAAGAGGCGUGGCCAUUGAGUGUAUUUACAUGUGGUAUGCUUCCACUGCCAAGGAAACCAGCUGAGCCUCUCUUGCGCAAAUCCACUCCGUCACAAAACACACACUCACUCACACACACACACAACUGUAAGAUCUGUCAGAGAAGAAUUAAAGUUCUACACACUUCAAACAGCUCCUGUGAGGAAUUUUGUGGGAAACUAAAUGGGAACAUGAUCCAAUCAAGACCAGAAAACCAAUAAAUAUAAAUUCUGACCCUGUCUGACUGUGGGUUACACAUUCAACAUCUCCAUCAGCGAUGUUCACCCCAAUGAAAAACAGUCUCCCCUCUCCCAGCAUGGAGGACUCUUUCUUUCAUCUCUCCUCUUCCUCCUCAGCGGCCCUCUCAUUUAGUCUACCCUCAUCUUCAUCGUCCCCUGGUGGCGUCGACAGUGGAGGAGCGAUAGAGACCGAUCUAAUCCUGGCUGCAGAGCUUGGCCAGGCGCUACUGGAGAAGAAUGAAGAGCUGGCAGCUUCUCUGGAGCACAGAGAAAGGGAGAUUGAGGCUUUAGAGCAGCAGAGGCUGAACCUCCAGAGGAAGCUGGAGAUGAACCAGCUGGAGUCUGGUCAGAGAGAGUCUGAGCUCUCAGCAGAUCUAGCUGCUCUGAGAGCCGAGCUGGAGAAGUACCACCAUGAGGGGCGGGACCGGCGUAAGGAUGAGAGCGAACAGAUGGCCCAGUUGGCCAAUCACAACCAGCGUCUGGUGGAGCAGCUGUCUGAGGCUGUAACCCUGGAGCACACUUUGAGGACUGAGCUGCGUUCCCUCAGAGAAGAGAUGGAGGAUUCAUCGUUUAGUCGAAAUAUCAGCCUUUCACAAUUAGAAAAUAUGCAAGCAGAGAACAGAGUUUUGCUGGAGCGCAUGUCACACAUAGAAAAGCAGCUGAAAGCUUCAGAGGAAGACUGUCAGCGAGUCCGAGCUGAGCGAGAGGGACUGAGAGAGAAACUCUCUAAUCUGCAGGAGAAGCUGAGUGAGAAACAGUCUGAGAUCGAGCAGGAGCAAGGGGUUGUAUUUGAGUUGCGCACCUUAAAUCACUCUUUACAACAAAAAGCUCUGAACCUCGGAGAGGAGAACCUCCUGGACAGAACACACACACAACCAUUGUCUCUGCUGAGUGAAAUUCAGCAAACACAGACUACAGAGGCUCUUAUGGCUCACUCCAUUGUGCUGCAGGCUAAAGAUGAAGAAAUACAAAGAUUAAAGGAGGAGCUGCAAACUCAACAGAAAGAGCUUGAGUCUCAGAAAGAGGAACUCAAACCUUUCAGAAGCAGCCCAGGAAAGCAGAGCUACAGUUCUCUGGAGAGUGAACUGGCCACAGUCCGUCAGGAAAAAGAAUCCCUGACUCAGCAGCUUCUCAACACCAUCAAACACAAGGUGGUGCUGUCUCAGGAACUGGACGCCUGGCAGGAGGACAUGCGUCUGGUGAUCUGUCAACAAGUGCAACAGAGAGAGGAGGAGAAGAAAAAAGAGGACGAGAAAGAGAAAGAAAACAUGGCCGGACUCCAGAGGAGCAAGUCGUUGAAAGUGAAGGGAGAAGGCGGCAGAAGGUUCUUCGCUUCUUUUUUCAAAGAUAAAUGACAUGAUCCGCUUUUACACAACACCUGAUGUCAUCAUCAGAAUGUUAUGUUUACAGAUUUCAUACCCGAAUGUAUUUAAGUGUACAGUACAUUAUUAAUAUUAGAUUUUAUAAUAAAGCAUCACAUUAGUGAGUGUUAUUGCAUAUUCUAUAGUGUUCAUGAACGAAACUACAGAAACCAACUUCAGGAGAGCAGGAUGUGUCCGAUUACAAACUUCACUUCAGCCUUCUAGAGUUAGACAGAAGCUUGCUGUAAAGGGAUAUUUCAGCCACUUUUAUAGUUAUUCACAAAUUACUGGCAUGUCCAGAACUUGUUGAAUGGCCUCUUUUUGGAUAGAUUCCUAAAGGACUGACAAGCUGACAGCUAGUGCAUUACUUACAUCUUAUAAAAUCUCCUUUCAGUGUUUCACGGUAACAUUAUUUUAUGAAUGUUUUAUGAAUUCUGACGUGAAAAUUUACCUGUGAGAGGAAUUCUACAUCCUGCAAAGUCAUCGGUGUAAAAGUUCAUCAAAUAAUGUUGCAUGAACUGAUGAAACUUUAGAGAACAAUACACUUUGUUCUUGGAUGUGUUUGGCCUAGCCAUUAGCUUAUCGAUCCUUUUAGAUAUGAACUUUAUUUCUCCAAACAGAGGUUGUUUAGAAAGAUAUCUGCAGUUGGGAAACGGUAGUGACUCUGUUCAGAAACACUCCAGAAUGGCUGAAAACUCCUUUCCAUAAGACAAACUGAAAUUGUAUUUAUUAUUACAU